AUGGAUACAACAACAAUAGUAAAAAGGUCUUCGACCUAUACUGAAAAUGAUACUUCAGUUAAUAAAGCGUUGAUAGCGGACGUAAGCCGUUUGAUUGGUGAGAAAAGACAACUAUCACUGUCACCGACGGAUUGCGCGUAUUCGGAGAAACUGAAAGAAAGUUCUCCGGAGAGCGAUGAAAAACAACCGC